GUGGUGAGUGCGCUUUAAACCACACUGUAGGCUAAUGUUUAGGACGAUAGAUAGGUAGCUGUAGGGAAAUAAGCACACGUUAGGAUAGUAUUUUGUGUUUUGGGUGCGUAGUUUUCGCGUGGAGUGCCAUGACGUGUCCGUUAAAGCCACCGGGAUCGCCGUGAACGAGAGGAAAAGGUCGGGGUUCCCCCUCUCAGAGCCAGACACCUCUCUGCUGCUUUGGGUCAGCGGCGAAUUAAAACAACUGCUCCUUUCUCAUCAUGCAGCUUCUGGAAAAAGACGGAAAAGCUCAACAUGUUGGUUAUUUAUCUUUUCGAGUGUGAAUGAGAGACAAAAGAGGCUCCUCCAGCAGCGGUUGAGACCGUCUCACAUCCCGGAGCUCCCCUCACUUCAUCUUCCAUCGCCGGAACAGACAACAUGAUAUGUUGUUGGUGGUGACAUUUUUUUUUGGGAAGCGUUUCGUGCCUUUUGUGUUCAUUUUGGGAGAAUGCGAGCCGCGGACCUCUAAACGCCACGAAAACGCAAAUGAGCGGACGUCAUUCUCUCUCUCUCGGCUUUGAAAAUGAGGAAGCGUUUUCAUAAAGACAGAGAAAAUGUCAAGGAGGUCUCGUCGUCCGUGGGCCCGGAUCUGAGUAAAAUGAGAAGGAAAGGAGCAAAUGCAACAACAUAAUGAUUUUCGUGGCUUCUUUCUCGUAAAAGGAUGACACCAGAGGAGAAGAGAAGACGCAGCAUCAAUGAAGGUUGAUCUGGACAAGUUGUGUGUUGCUUAUAAUGAACAGAAACACUUGAUAGCAGAUCGUUUUCACAAUAUUGAAAGAAUUUGCUUUUGGCUUGAGGAGGUUUUCUAAUGAACUAGACGUCUAUUUUUGCAUUGCAUUUGUUAACCUUUUCAUAACAAGAAAAAUUGAGUUUCGAAUUUUUUCCUCAUUUUUUAAAAAAAAAUAUAUUUUUGACCCGGAUCCAGCCCCGAAUAUUCAAUGGAAGUAUGUUAUCAGCUGCCGGUUUUGCCUCUAGACAGGCCGGUUCCCAAGCAUGUCCUCAGCCGGAGGGGAGCCAUUAGUUUCAGCUCCAGCUCUUCUCUCUUUGGUUCCCCUGAUCCAAGGCAGCUGUCACAGAGACGAGGGGCCAUCUCCUAUGACAGCUCCGACCAGACAGCACUGUACAUCCGUAUGCUAGGAGAUGUGAGAGUGAGAAGUCAGGCUGGAUUUGAACCGGAACGAAGAAGCACCCAUCCAUAUCUGUGCAUCGACUUCCGAAAUCUUCACAGUGAGUAUGAAUCACGGUUGGGCUGUGGCGCCAGCUCUGCUCCUGAACGGAGGGUCCACAGACUCCUCAGCUUCCAGAGGUACCUGCACUCAUCCCGCAUGCUGCGAGGAAUCCCGCAGCAGAUCCCUCUCCACAUCCUCGAUGAAGACUACACUGGACAGGCCAGAUGCAUGCUGGAAAAAGUCGGAAACUGGAAUUUUGACAUUUUCCUCUUCAACAGGUUGACUAACGGUAACGGCUUGAUCACCCUGACCUGUCACCUGCUGAACCAGUAUGGCCUAGUGGAGCUCUUCCAGCUGGACAUGGUCAAACUCUGGAGGUUCCUGGUCAUGGUCCAGGAGGACUACCACAGCGACAACCCCUAUCACAAUGCUGUUCAUGCCGCAGAUGUCACACAGGCCAUGUACUGCUACAUGCGGGAGCCCAAGCUCGCAAAAUCUCUGACCUCCUAUGACAUUCUGCUGGGACUGUUAGCAGCUGUCACCCAUGACCUGGACCACCCGGGGGUCAAUCAACCUUUCCUGAUCAAGACUGACCACUAUCUAGCCACACUGUAUCGGAAUACCUCAGUUCUGGAAAACCAUCACUGGAAGUCAGCUGUGGGCCUCAUCAGAGAGACGGGGCUUUUCUCCCAUCUGCCUCCUGAGGACAGCUUGAACUUGGAGAGAGAAUUGGGCUCCUUAAUUCUGGCCACAGACAUCAGCAGACAGAAUGAGUACUUGUCCAGGUUUCGCAUGCACCUGAACCAGGACAACCUGUACUUAAGUAAAGCCAGCCACCGACACUUCAUCUUGCAGAUGGCUCUGAAGUGUGCAGAUAUCUGUAACCCCUGCAGACCCUGGGAGCUGAGCAAACAGUGGAGCGAGAGAGUGACCGAGGAAUUCUUCCAACAAGGAGACAUUGAGAAGAAGCACAUACUUGAAGUCAGUCCAGUAUGCGACAGACUGACAAACACAGUGGGGAACAUUCAGAUAGGCUUCAUGACGUACGUGGCGGAGCCGCUGUUUGCCGAGUGGGCCCGUUUUUCUGACACUCGUCUGUCUCAGACCAUGCUGGGCCACAUGGGGCUGAACAAGGCCACCUGGGGAGGCCUGCAGCAGGAACAAACCUCCGUCUUCGAAGAGGCGGAGUCCAGCAAAGCCAGCAGUGACACGGAAGACGCCGCUGCCGCUGCCCCUCCAGGCGGCAGCGCCGCAACAACUGCGGGAGGAACCAGCUCCAAAGAAAUACCUCAGGGAAACGGAGAAUCCUGACACUCCUCGUGUGCCCUUUCACCCCGACCUCCUGAUUCGUGACCCCGGCCUUAAGGUCUCAUCACACACACUGGGAGCCGGGCGGUGCAUCCAACUGCCUGGAACUCUGCCGCUGCCGCACCUGAACCUAACACAUCCUUGUUUAUGUUUUGUUGCUUUUGCCUCCAUCUUGAUAAACCACUGAUUUUAUUUAAUUUAUUUAAUUUUUAAUUCCUCUUUUCUUUUCUUUUUUUGGCAUAGAGCAAUACAUAGAUACCUCAUUUGGCUACUGCUGUAUUUUUUUUUUUCCUGUUAAAUUGCUUUGUUUUAUUUAUUUGUUCACUGUAGUUUUGGCAUUACUGACUGAACACGCCACUUCCUUUGUUGAUUAACCUUAUGGGGGGAAAGCGGUAUAAGAACUGAAGAAGACAUUUUCUGGUAUUUUGAAGUGCCAUUUGAAAACAAAGAUUUGAAGAAUGACCUGAACUGAAUUGACUUGAGACAACUGGAGUAUUCAGACUUGUGACUCUCCUCAGACUGUAGAGUAAUGCCAUGUUGCAUUUGUUUUGAAAAUUCUUCCUCAUGUAAAAAAAAACAACAACAAAAAACAAACAAAAAAAAAUGGAAAAAAAUGUGACAAGCCCAGUCCUUUUGCUGCCUCUAUGAAGACUGUUUACACAUCUCCUUAUUUUUCGUUUCUUUCCGUUGAACUGAAGUGAAUCCUGUCGACUCUACGGUUUGCCUUCGAAACGCAGAUGUGAAGAAACCACUCGUUUUUGAACUGUCAUCCCACUGUUGAAGCCAUGAGCAGAAUCCUAUUCAAACGCACCAGAUGCCAUAAGUAACUCCUAGAAAAAAAAAUUGUGUUCUUGCACUCCCAAAUAACGACGAUGGUGGUGGUGGUGCUGCUGCUGUUGGAGGUGCAGCUUCGUCUCCACGACGGUAUUAUAGAAUUUGCCCUUUUUUUCUCUUCUAUCUUCCAGUGCUGGUUGAACUUGGGAUCGCUUCCCGCCCAGACUGGAGAUGAGUAAACUCUCCCUGCACACGUGUCUCACCUGGAACUCAACGCAACGCGACUCGCUCAGGGUUUUGCCAGUCUCUUGUUAAGAGAGAGGUGUGGAGGAGGCGACUCUGGGUGAUUUUUUUUUUCUUUUUGGGGGGGGGUGGGCUAAGAUCUCCAGGAGGAGACUCUUCCUCUCUGCAGAAUGUCUUUCACAGCCACAUGCAACCUAAAGGACUGCUCAACUGAUGCCUUACAACUAUGCACAAACUAUGCUAAGUGACCAAACCAACUCUUGUUCCCACCAAGUGCAUGGUGUGCUUGUCUUUGAAUGCACUGUCCAAUCCCUCGGCCUUUUUGUUGUGAGGAACAACUCCAGUUGUCUUUUACUCUCAUUAUUAUUAUUAUUAUUAUUAUUAUUAUUAUUGUUAUUAUUAUUAUUAUAAUAAUUAUUAUUUGUACGUAAAAAAAUGGUCGAGUGACUUCGAACAUUCCAUUUCUUUGUGUUUUUGGUUUGUCUUCUUUGAUUCUGUACAGUGGCACAAAUUGUGUGUUUGUGUUGAGACAUUUUUGGAAGAUGACAGGUGCUUUUCUUACUUUAGCUGAUUUGUAUUUUUGCUGUAAGUGCUGUAAGACUGUUGAUAAAACUGUUUACAAUUUGUCGCGACAGCCAUUUUUGGGAAGACUUCAGUGUCGAGCCAGAUUUUUGUAAGAGCUUUGCUGUAUUGACAUUUUUGAUACAUGCCUGUUGCAGUUACAAUUUGAAUAUAAUAAAACCUGUUGUUGACAAA